GGCUCGCUUGCUGGAAUCGAACAUGACAAUGACAAAGGCAACUGGGGUCUCACAAUGGCUGAUGGUGCCUUCUACCGGAAGUGUCAUGGAUAUUUCAAACAGUGAUGAACCAUUCAAAACCGAUGAUGUUGUUUUCCUUGAGUUCAUGUCGUGCUCUGGGUUUUAUUCACCACUGAACCUGGAGAUUAUCAAGAAGCAUUUGUCAAGCUCAGAAAGGACAGUUAUGACAGACCAGGCGGCUGACGAAACAGAAUGGAUACAGAAGAUUGCAACAGUCAGUGAAUCACCCGUUCAAGCUAAACUACAAGUUCUCAGUAAAACCCAUACUGGAACAGAUGUUGAAACCGUGGGCUAUAUUGGGAGAGAUGAAACAGUGGAGCUCAAGCAUCAGCUCUAUCACGGUGGUGGCAAAUAUGGAUUUCACAACCGAACAUUGAUUGUCGGGACUCUGGAGUGGGCGCCAUAUGUCAUCAAAAGAGUGGAGAAUGGUUCUGUCAGGUUUGAUGGAUUUUGCAUCCAGCUGGUGCAGGAACUGGCGAAACAACUCAAUUUCAGCUACACCCUGGUGGAGCCCAAAGACAGGGAGUGGAGUCGGGUACUGAACGGCAGUUGGACAGGGCUGGUGAAGUUAAUUACUGAUAAGGAAGCUGAUAUAAUUGUGGCACCGAUGUCAAUGACUAACAGCAGAGUGACAGUCAUCGAUUUCACAGUGCCAUACUUCUACAGCCACUCAGCUCUUAUACUCAGCAAACAAGAUCCCAAAACCAACAAAUGGAUGACACUACUCUCCCCGUUCCGCAAUGAGGUUCUCAUUUGUAUCCUCGUCUCCCUCAUCUUCUCUUCGGUCUUCCUCUUCCUGAAAGAAGAAGUGACAUCAAUCAUUCAGUUGACGGACGAGAGACCCACGAAUAAGUGGAUCCGAUAUGGAGACAUACUCUGGUAUCAUUUUGGAGCUCUUACGGCGAACGGGGGAGCAUAUCUUCCCAACACAGUGUCCGGACGAACAAUGCUCAGCUGCUGGUGGAUGUUCACGGUGAUAAUGGCGGCUGCCUACAGUGGUAACCUCACAGCAUUCCUCACCGACGAACGACAGAAACCUCCCUUCUCCAACCUGGCUGAGAUGGUGCAGCAGGACACAUACCGAUGGGGCUUUGUAGGAGGAUCAGCUCUCAUCGCUCUCUUUCAGGAAUCCAACAUAUCCGUCUAUCAGAAGCUGUGGCAUCGUGUGGAGGAAAGCAUGGCCAACGACCCUGAUUGGUUGAGUCAGGAUGGCGAAGAACACAUGCGCCGAGUGAUCGAGAGCAAAUACGUCUACAUUUCAGACACUACUACUUUGGAGAGCUGGGACGACCAACGGCGAUGUAAUUUACAAAUGUUAGAUGACAACUUCCUUUUCAGCAAAUAUGCAGUUGGCCUAUCCAAAAACAGUACAUACACACAGCUCUUUUCCAAACAAAUACUGAAAAUGUAUGAAAGCGGCUUACUGAAUGUGUGGUGGAAUCAGUGGCAACCCAACCAUCAGUGUGAAAGCAGAAAAUCCAAAAGGGUCGACAUGUUAGCCUUGCAGAGUGCUUUCUAUGGUGCAGGGGUGGGUGUGGCUUUUGCACUCGCUGUCCUUGUGUGUGAAAUUAUCAAUAAACGAAGAUGUAAACAAAGACGGGGAAGACACUCUGAGACUGUUGGAGAAGAGUCUGUGUGAUGGAUAUAACAUGUGGCCCCAGGAGGACAUACUGGCGACUUAGCCUAU